CUGUUGAAUUUCUGUUUGGCGGGAAUCGAAACUGAAAUUGACGUAGGUUAGUUAAAUGUUCUAGUUUGUGAGUAAUUUUCUUCAUUUCGUCUACUAUUUUACGAGACUUAUCAUUGAAAAUGGUAAACGAAACUCCAAAGAAACAUUAUGUGAUCAAGAGGAAUGGCAAGCAGGAAGAAGUUCAUCUUGACAAGAUUACUUCUAGAAUAGAAAAGUUAUGUUAUGGUUUGAACAAGGAUUAUGUCGAACCUGUUAAUAUCACGCUCAAAGUUGUUCGUGGUCUUUAUCAUGGCGUUACAACAGUCGAGUUGGAUACUUUGGCCGCUGAAACUGCUGCCAUGAUGACUACUGAUCAUCCAGAUUAUGGAAUAUUAGCUGCUCGAAUUGCUGUUUCCAAUUUACACAAAGAAACCAAGGAAAAUUUCAGCGAUGUUGUUGAAGAUUUAUACAACAUGAUCAAUGAGAAGACUGGUAGAAAAACACCUAUGAUUUCCGAUUUUCACUACAAAAUAAUUAUGGAGAAUGCUGAACGUUUAAAUGCAGCUAUUCGACAUGACCGAGAUUUCAACUACAACUACUUUGGUUUCAAAACUCUUGAGAGAUCAUAUCUUUUGAAGAUCAACAGAAAGAUUGUCGAAAGACCUCAGCAUAUGCUGAUGAGGGUGGGUGUAGGUAUUCAUGGAGCUGAUAUAGAUAAAGCUAUUGAAACGUACAAUUUGUUAUCGGAGAGGUAUUUUACACACGCAAGUCCAACUCUGUAUGCUGCUGCUACACCUAAACCACAAUUAUCCUCUUGUUUUCUCUUAAUGAUGCCAGAAGAUAGUAUUGAAGGCAUUUUUAAUUGCAUUACCAAAUGUGCCUACAUUUCUAAAUCUGCUGGUGGAAUAGGCGUAAACAUUCACAAUAUCAGAGCCAAAGGAACCUACAUUGCUGGUACAAAUGGCGUGUCCAAUGGUCUCGUUCCAAUGUUGCGAGUUUUCAACAACACAGCUCAUUACGUUGAUCAGGGUGGUAACAAAAGACCCGGCGCUUUUGCCAUUUACCUGGAACCUUGGCAUGCGGAUAUUUUCGAGUUUUUGAAUCUCAAGAAAAAUACCGGUAAGGAUGAAGUUCGUGCAAGAGAUCUCUUUUACGCACUUUGGAUUCCUGAUCUGUUCAUGAGAAGAGUUGAAAGUAAUGGAAAGUGGUCGUUGAUGUGUCCCCAUUUAUGUCCCGGGCUCUCGGAUUGCUGGGGCGAAAAGUUCGAAAAGCUUUACGAGUCUUACGAAGCCGAAGGGAAGUUUGUUCGUCAAGUUGAUGCCCAAAAAUUGUGGCAUGCCAUAAUCACAUCACAAGUUGAAACAGGAACUCCCUACAUGCUGUACAAAGAUGCGUGUAACAAAAAAAGCAACCAACAGAAUCUCGGAACGAUCAAAAGUAGCAAUUUGUGUACAGAAAUUGUCGAAUAUACAUCACCUGAUGAAAUUGCUGUUUGUAAUUUAGCAUCUAUUGCGGUUAAUAUGUUUGUCGAUAAAGAGAAAAAAGAAUAUAAUUUCCAAAGACUGAAAGAGGUUACCAAAGUUGUUACUAAGAAUUUGAAUAAAAUAAUCGAUGUCAACUACUAUCCGGUACCGGAAGCGAAAAAUUCUAACUUCAAACAUAGACCUAUCGGCAUUGGUAUCCAAGGCCUUGCUGAUGCUUUCAUUCUCAUGAGAAUCCCCUUCGACAGUCCAGAAGCUCUCCUUUUGAAUCAGCAAAUCUUCGAAACUCUGUAUUAUGGAGCUUUAGAAGCAAGUUGCGAGAUAGCAGAAGUUGAAGGUACCUAUUCUUCCUAUGAAGGAUGCCCAGUCAGCAAGGGAAUCCUUCAAUAUGAUAUGUGGAAUGUUACACCGACAAAACUGUGGGACUGGACGGUACUCAAAGAAAAGAUAGCUAAACAUGGUGUUCGCAAUUCUUUGUUAUUGGCACCAAUGCCAACUGCUUCUACUGCCCAAAUUUUGGGAAAUAAUGAAUCUUUUGAACCCUACACCUCCAAUAUUUACACGAGAAGAGUACUCUCCGGAGAAUUCCAAGUUGUGAAUCAUCAUUUAUUGAAAGAUCUGACUGACCUCGGUCUUUGGGAUGAUAUUAUGAAAAACCAGAUAAUCGCAAAUUGUGGUUCUAUCCAAAAUAUCCCAACUAUUCCUGAUGAACUGAAGAGAAUUUAUAAGACGGUUUGGGAAAUAUCGCAGAAAGUUGUUCUUAACAUGGCUGCUGAUAGAGGAGCUUUCAUUGAUCAGAGUCAAUCUCUCAAUAUUCAUGUUGAAAAACCAACAUAUGGCGUUUUGAGCUCGAUCCAUUUCUACGGCUGGAGGAAAGGAUUGAAAACUGGGAUGUAUUAUUUACGUACUAAACCAGCUGCAAGGCCUAUCCAAUUCACUGUGGAUAAACAAAAAUUAAUGGUCAAAAAUGAUCAGCCAAAAGAAGUACCAAAGCCUUCCAAAGAGGAAAAGCCAAAAGAUGUUGCAAUUGAGGAAAAAAAGGAUGAAGAUAAAAAAACCGAUGAAGAGUUAGCCAAGUUGGUUUGUUCUUUACAAAAUCCAGGAGCAUGUGACAUGUGUGGUGCUUAAACUUAAUGCUCUAAUAUUAUUUAUAGGAAUACUUAUAUUUAAAGUUACUUAAAUUUGUUCACUUCAGUUUUUCAAUAAAAUUUUCACCAGA